UCGAAAUAGAUAUAGUCAUCAUGUCGUUUCCAAAAACACAGCCUGAUUGGAGCAACCUUGACAUCCUCCAUCGCAAUACUCUCCCGCCGCGUGCUCACUUCUACCCAUUCGCCACGAAGGAAGCGGCACUCUCCUUGAAUCGUGACAACGCCCAAUUCCAAUCACUCAAUGGAACAUGGAAAUUCCGCCACGAUGUCUCGCCAUUAGAAAUCCCCGAUCGGAAAGAUCUCGACCCAAUAACAUGGGCCAAUAUAAAGGUUCCUGGCAUGUGGCAGCUUCAAGGUUAUGGCCGGCCUCUUUACACCAACGUCAAUUACCCUUUCCCUGUGGACCCCCCGAAUAUUCCAUUUCUCAAUGAGACGGGGUCUUACUGGCGCCAAUUUACUACAAACAAAGACUGGCAAGGACAGCAGAUCCGGCUACGUUUCGAAGGCGUUGAUAGCUCGUUUCACGUCUGGGUCAAUGACAAUGAAGUUGGCUAUAGCCAAGGCAGCAGGAACGCUAGUGAAUUCGACAUUACCCCAUUUCUUAGGGACACAGGAGCAAUCAACACAGUUGCAGUCCGCGUAUACCAAUUCUGCGACGGAUCCUACCUUGAACGCCAAGAUCAGUGGCUUCUCUCUGGAAUUUUUAGAGACGUUUACCUAGUCGGGUUCGCCAUUCCCUCCAUCACGGAUUUUACCAUUUUACCCCAGGUAGACGAGUCUUUGACAAGGGGCGUUGUCCACGUUGAUGUCUCCCUCCAUGGAAGCGACUCUGAGGAUGUCACCGUCGAGUUACGGAGUCCUAGUGGCGAUGUCUUGCAUGAGGGACAGAUGAAAUCGACUGAGAUGGCUGCCCUGACAAUCGAAGGCGCAUCUCUUCAGCUAUGGUCUGCUGAGAAGCCGAUUCUUUAUACCCUACUCCUGAUAGUGGGAGGUUGCACCGUUGCUCAACGAAUAGGGUUCCGUCGGGUUGAGAUGAAAGGAGCCAAUUUCUUGGUCAACGGGAAUCCUAUUAUUUUAUAUGGCGUCAAUCGCCAUGAACAUCACUACCUCUAUGGCAGAGCUGUGCCGUACGAAGAUAUGAGAGCAGACAUCGUUAUGAUGAAGCAGCAUAACAUCAACGCACUAAGGUGCUCUCACCAACCAAAUGACCCCCGGCUCUAUGAAGUUUGUGACGAGCUCGGCAUCUACGUUAUGGCGGAAGCGGAUCUUGAAACUCAUGGUUUCGAUUCUGAGCUUUCCUACGAUCGCGCUAAAAAGUGGACAUCAGAUAAUCCCGACUGGUGCGAUGCCUAUAUGGAUAGAGCUUCCCAGCUUGUUGAACGGUUCAAAAAUUAUACUUGCAUUAUCUUUUGGUCUCUUGGCAACGAGGCGUUUUAUGGAAGAAACCACGUGGCCAUGUAUGACUAUAUCAAAGAGAGAGACCCUAGUCGACUCAUCCACUACGAAGGAGAUCGUAAGGGUAUAUCGACCGACUUUUAUAGCGUCAUGUACGCAACGCCUGAUGAACUGAAGAAGCAUCUCGCCGAACAUUCAGACCGGCCAUUGAUUCAGUGCGAAUACGGUCAUGCCAUGGGAAAUGGACCGGGAGGGCUUGCCAGCUACAUCAACUUAUAUCGAUCUGAGUCGCUCCUUCAAGGUGGCUACAUCUGGGAAUGGUGUAACCAUGGGCUCCUCAAAAGAGAAGGCAGAUUGUCGUACUUUGCGUACGGUGGCGACUUUGGGGAUACUCCCAAUGACCGCGACUUUGUUAUGGAUGGGCUUACCUUCUCUGACCAUUCUCCUACACCCGGCUUACUUGAAUACAAAAAGUGUAUCCAGCCGGUAUCUAUCCAGCUUGAGGGUGGUAAGCUGCAUAUUCAUAAUCACUACGACUUCAUUGACCUGAGCCACCUUUUUGCCACCUGGCAUUUGGUUCAAGAGUCGGGCAACACCAGUCCCACGGAGUUCGAGCUGCCGCAGAUUGCCCCGGGGGCAGAAGCCAUAAUUGACCUUCCCGACUGGGGUGGUGAAUUACAUGGAGAUACUUGGCUCUCGAUCCAUCUCUACCUGAAAGACGAAACCGCUUGGGCGCCUCAAAGCCACGAAAUUGCCUGGAGUCAAAUAACCCUAUUGGAGAAUCAUACAUUUGAGCUACCCCCGGUGGUUGCCGGUGACAUCAAUGGGCCUUCAAUAUAUGAACAACCAGGGCGUCUAACAUUAACAUGGCCAGGCUGCAAUGAGAUAUUCACUUUUAAUCUUGUCGAUGGAAACUUUACUUGGGCUAAUCAAAAGGGCAUCAUUAUCGCCAGAGGGCCAGAACUGGGCUUAUACCGCGCCCUUACCCAGAAUGACCUUGGUUUUGGUGGUGACGGCAAAGAAUGGUUGAAGUUUAGGCUCGCCGAGACCAAAAUGCAUGUACGCGGGUUCACUUGGUCCGUGAAUGGAGACGGUACCUUGACUGUUAAGGCGACUGUCAGGGUCGCUCCUCCAGUCUUAGAGUGGGCAUGCAAUGCCCAACUUAUUUACACGCUUGGUAUGGGCAAUUUGUCCAUUCGCGCAAAAGGGAGUUUCUCUGGGACUGUUCCUCGUCAUAUCCCACGUAUUGGUCUCACUAUGUCGUUGCCAAAGGAUUAUAACAAGGCAACAUGGUAUGAGGCAUCAAUUGAUGAUCUUCAGACCAAUUAUGAGUGGCCCCAAGAAAAUGGAAAUAGGAGUGACGUACGUUGGGUUCAAGUCAAGGCAAAUGACGCUGUACUAGAGGCUCGUAUAGAUGUACCACUGAGCUUCUCACUCAGAAAGUACUCUAUGGAUGAUUUAGACAAGUCUGCUCAUCCCCAUGAGCUGACAGAUUUGGACGAGACGGUGUUGAACUUAGACUUUGCUCAGCAUGGUCUAGGAAGUGGAAGUUGUGGGCCUUUAGCGUUUCAAGAAGAUCGCCUAAUUCCUGGGCUAUUUGACUUUACUGUAUUCAUUAAAAUUAAGUAG